GUCAAUUUUUCGAUUAGUUGAAAAGUAUAAGGAAUCAACGUAAUUUAUUCUUUCUCGGGGGGGAAUUUGAAAAGUAAUCCACCUCCCAAAUGCAUCAGACCGGCCCGAAGCAACCGACGGCAUCGCUUCCUGCGUAAUUCCCCCCUCAAUUAUUGGCCUUUCCGUUAAUCGACUCGGAACAUUCCACCUUUUCGAUGUAAGGUCUUCCUAGAUUUUCUGCGAAUUCCCAAUUAUAAUUUGCUGAUUUCUCGAAGAUGGACGUGAAUAACGGCGGGGUGGAGAUUGAUCAAUUGGAGCAGGGAUUAUUAGUGAGCGGUUUCCGGCCGUCUGACGAACCUGAAUAUGCUAGCUCCGGUAACUUGGACGAGGAAGACCUAGUUCUCUAUGCGGCGUCGUUUGAGGAAGCCGAAGAGAAUUUUGUAAAGUACCAAACGGCGGUGUGGGUUUUGUACUCCCUGCUGUUGAUAUUGGCUUGGGGAAUUGGUAUCGUUAUGCUGCUUUAUCUGCCAAUUCGGAGACAUAUUUUGCUUAAAGACUUCCGGUCUAGAAAGCUUUAUGUCACCUCUAAUGCCAUUGUGUACAAAGUGACAAAGCCAGUGCCAUUUCCUUGUUUUGGGGUUUUGAGAAAGGAGAAGCAUAUUGUAUUGCCAUCAGUUGCUGAUAUUGUUAUUGAACAAGGAUAUUUGCAGUCUAAAUUUGGUGUCUACUCUGUAAGAAUUGAAAACAUUGGUGUGAGAAGGCCAGCCAGCGAUGAUGUCAAAAUCCAGGGGAUUGCUAACCCACUGGCUUUUAGGAAGGUUUUCCUCUUUUAGCUUACCAUUUCCUCUAGCAUUUAUUUACAGGGCUGGUUGCAUAAGUUACUUUUCUUGGUUUCCAGGCUGUUAUGCUGCGCAUGUCCAAUAUGAGACGCCAGGCAUUGUCAAGACAAUCUUCAGUUCUCGAGGAUUCAUCAAAUGUGUCUCAAUCAAAACUACUCAGCCAUGGUUCUUUUAAUAUACCAGAGUUGGUAAUUUUGCAAAAGCUAGGGGAGGUUGGCAGUUCAGUUAAGGUACUAGGAUAUCAAAUGUUUCAUUUUUUGGUCCGUUACGCAUGAAGAGAAUUAUCGUAUCCCCAUUUGAUUUGGUUGGUUACUUUCUCUCCUUACUAGCGUUCUUUCAUGUAUCUGGACUCAUUGCAGAGAGUUCAAACUUUGGUUGAAGGCCAGCACCGCCAGACAUCAUCGGGACAUAGAGAUUAGUAAAGUUGGUGCGAAAAGCUUCUAAUGUAGACAUGUUUCGUUAUAUUUUCGCAUAGGUCAUCUGUACAUAAUUUCUGCCACAUGGUUGGAGAUGUUUCGCUACUCUUCUGCACCUCCUACCCACAAUAAUAAAGAAUAUGAAAGUACUCAGAUCACAUUCUGAAUGUUGUCUGAGUUCUCAUUUGUUGAAGCACUGUAUACACUGCCUCAAAUGUCCAAGUUUUGUUCAUUAGUAGUCUAAACUUUAGAAUCACAAUGGGUAGUCUUUUUUGAAUUUCAAUUACCUAAUUUUUCUCCGACUGGAAUGUAUAUGCUCAACUGAACUUGUUGCAGGUAAACAGGGAACAUAAAUGUCUCCUUGGUGCAAUGGAGGCAUGAUUAUGGAGAAGCAGAUGAGGAGGAGGAGACACACAUUUACACCGGUUGGAAAACUCUCCGUAAGGAGUUGAAUCAUGGAGUUCACCGUAAUGUAUUAUUUAUUCAGUUAGCUUACCCUAAGAUUGUAGUAUUUAACUUAUUCAAACAUUUGUCUCCUUGUAUGAAAAAAACAUCAUUGCAAUUUGCAGCUGAACAAGCCAAAUCUAAACAGUAAACACUGAAAAACGAUUAAUAGGGCAGGUUUUUUGCAUUG